GCCUAACACUUACCCGGGAACUUGGUUUCAUACAGUGCACUUCCUUUCGCGCAUGCGCAAUAGAGUUAAUGACGUCAGUAUUGAAAAUUGACAUCACUGAUUUCUGAAACAAAUAUUCACAAUGUCGUACGCAUAUUUAUUUAAAUAUAUCAUUAUCGGAGAUACUGGAGUGGGUAAAUCAUGUCUUCUUCUACAGUUUACAGACAAGCGAUUUCAGCCUGUACAUGACUUAACAAUAGGUGUUGAAUUUGGUGCUCGAAUGAUCACAAUCGAUGGAAAACAGAUAAAACUUCAAAUCUGGGACACUGCCGGGCAGGAGUCGUUUAGGUCUAUUACACGUUCUUACUACAGAGGGGCAGCAGGAGCUCUUUUAGUCUAUGACAUCACAAGGAGGGACACAUUCAACCACCUGACCACCUGGCUAGAAGAUGCUAGACAACAUUCAAGUUCCAAUAUGGUCAUAAUGCUUAUUGGAAACAAAAGUGAUUUAGAAGCUAGACGGGAUGUAAAGAAAGAAGAAGGCGAGGCAUUCGCUCGGGAACAUGGUCUCAUUUUCAUGGAAACAUCCGCUAAAACAGCCGCCAAUGUAGAGGAAGCUUUCAUCAACACAGCUAAAGAAAUUUACCAGAAAAUUCAAGAUGGCGUAUUUGAUAUAAAUAAUGAAAGUAAUGGUAUAAAGUUAGGCCCCCAGCAGUCCAGGAGUCAAGGAGGCAUGAAUCAAGCAGGGGGAGGGGGAGACAGUCAAAGUGGAGGGUGCUGCUAGUGCUGUGUUACC